GCAUUACGUUUGACUGAGUUGUACCGGCGGCCCGACGAAGACCAACCCAAGAAAAUAUAGCCAGGCCCGUUCAGUCCCCAACAGCCAAUUCCUCCAAAUUAUCACCUUCUUCAUCAUUGGCUUCCUUCCACCUGCAGUUCCAAAACCUUCAAACUUCUUCGUUCCGGAUCAGCCAUGGCAAUCCCAUCUCCGCCUCUAACAGUUUGCACAGUCCUCAACGAAUCCAAGCGCAUAGUCAACGCCCACUCCUGCCACUUCCUAGCCCUCUCAGUCCUCUUCCUCCUCCCUCUCGCCUUCUCCUCCACCGUUUACCCCACAAUCCAGAACCUCCUCGCCGAUCGAGUCCCAGACAACUCCAAGAUAUUCCUCGAAAUCUCAACUUUCGACCCCCAUCAGCACCAACCCAUCAUCCCCGCCAAAACCCUUCUCAUCGCCCUUGCUUUCUCCCUCUUCGCCGUCGUCUUCUCCCUCUGCGCCCUUGGGUCGAUCACUUACAGUGUGUUUCACGGAUUAUAUGGCCGGCCGGCCAAGCUCGUCUCCGCCGUCAAAUCCGUCGUCUCCUCCUUCUUCCCUCUAUUGGGCACUGCUUUCAUUUCCCAGGUCCUCGUUUUAUUGGUUUUUGUUCUUUUCGGGCUGUUCGUGUUCUUGGUGGUUCGAGGAGCUGAGCUCAUGGGGUUUGAAUUGGAGUACUCUUCGCCUUAUUUCAUUGGGUUUUUAGCGGUUGUUGUGACUGCUCUGUUUCUGGUUUUGCUGCAUCUUCAAGUGAAUUGGACACUGGCUGGUGUUGUGGUGGUGGUAGAAUCAAAAUGGGGGUUCGGGUCCUUGACCCGAAGUGCGAAUUUGAUCAAGGGAAUGAGAUGGGUGGCAUUGCGGUUGCUGAUAUUUUUCGGCUUUUUCGUGGGGGUUUUGGGGUUCUGCAGUUGGGUUUCGGCAUUGGAUUUGAAGGGAGAUACUGAUGGUUGGAAGAGCUGGGCGUUUGUGGUGCAAAUUGUGGUGACUGCGACUUCUCUCGUGCUGCUCAUGCUCUACAAUGCCGCCGCAAAUACGGUGUUGUAUAUGUAUUGCAAGGCCGUGAAUGGUGAGCUUGCCAUGGAAAUUGCUGAGGAGUUUGCUAGGGAGUAUGUGAGCUUGCCCUUCGACAACGGAAAAGUCCCUCAUCUUGUUUCGGUUGCAUAUGCUUGACGAGGAGCUUCAGGUCAGUCUGCAAGCUCUGCUUUAGAAUGUCUGCACUCGUUAUUUGCUAGUGUAGUUUAGUACAUCAGAGUCGGACUUUAUGUGUAAAAGAAUAAAAUCAAAUGUAUGUGAUCAAUACAAAUGGCUUGUAAAUACAAUUGGUGUUGCCUGAUUUUCGUGUUUCGACGAUUGUGGGAAACGGAUGGCAUUGUUGUUUUCGGAUUGGUAUGUAAAGCGAAGCCAUAGCGCUUGCAGCUCCUUCUGAAA